AUGGCUGGGCAAGCUUCGUUUUUCUACGACGUGUUCCUGAGCUUUAGAGGUGAUGAUACAAGAUAUGGUUUUACUGGAAAUCUCCACAGUGCUCUUAAUCAAAGAGGAAUCCAAAGUUUCUUUGACGAUGAUGAUAUUCCAAAAGGAGAGGAAUUAACUUCAGAACUUGUUAAGGCUAUUAAAGAUUCCAGGAUCGCCAUCGUUGUGUUUUCUAAGAACUAUGCUUUCUCUAAGUUUUGUUUGAAGGAACUCACCGCAAUACUAGACUGCUAUGAGGAGAAGAACAAGAGUGGGCGAAUGGUUUUACCGGUUUUUUACAAAGUGAACCCUUCUGAAGUUCGGUACGGGAGAGGAAGCUACGGAGAAGCACUGGCUAAGCAUGAGGAGACAUUCAAGAAUGAGUUGGAGAUCGUUAACAAAUGGAGGACUUCGCUACACAAGGCGGCUAAUCUCAAAGGCUUUCAUUUCAAACAUGGGGAGGGAUAUGAAUAUCAAUUAAUUGCAAGUAUUUUUAAGGAAGUCUCCGUCAAGAUUAAUCGAACACUUUUACAUGUUGCCAAUUACCCGGUUGGAUUGGAGUCUAGAGUGGAUAAAGUAAACUCGCUUCUCAACGUUCCGUCGAAUGAUGUAGAUGUCCACAUGAUAGGCAUCUAUGGUAUUGGUGGAAUUGGUAAAAGUACUGUUGCUCGAUGUGUAUAUAAUUCAAUUAGUGACAAGUUUGAAGGUUUUUGUUGUUUUAUUGAAGAUGUGAGAAAGAGUUCACAUAAGUAUGGAUUAUUAAAUCUCCAAGAGACAGUUCUUUCUGAGAUACUUGGAGACAAGAAAAUCAGGUUGGGAAAUGUGCGGAAUGGAAUGUCGAUAAUAGAACAAAAGCUCUCCAAUAAAAAGGUUCUUUUGGUUCUUGAUGAUGUUGACCAAAAAGAGCAGUUACAGGCUAUUGUUGGAUCACCUAAUUGGUUUGGUUCUGGUAGCAUCGUAAUCAUUACAACUCGGGAUAAAGAUUUACUAACGCAUUAUGAGGUUAAAAGUAAAGUAUAUGAGGUGGAGGAAUUGAAUGACAAAGAAGCUUGUGAACUGCUUAGUUGGAAUGCUUUCAAAACUGACAAAGCUGAUCCGAAGUACACCAACAUUUUAAACCGUGUGUUGUGUUAUGCUUCUAGGCUCCCACUGGCUUUGGAGGUAGUAGGUUCCAACCUGUUUGGAAAAGGAGAAGAAGAAUGCAAACUUAUAUUAGAUCGGUAUGACAGAAUUCCAGAUAAAAAGAUCCAGGAUAUACUACGAGUAAGCGUUGAUUCCUUGGAUGAAGAUGAUAAGGAUGUUUUUCUCGACAUUGCUUGUUGCUUCGGGGGAUAUAGAUUGUCUGAUGUUGAAAAUAUACUACAUGCUCACCAUGGUUCAUCAAUGAGACGUGGUAUUGAGCUGUUGAUUGAAAGAUCUCUCAUAAAGCUUGAUGAUGGUCUUGUGGCAUUACAUGAAUUGAUACAAGACAUGGGCAGAGAAAUUGUGCGACAAGAAUCAAAAGAGCCCAAUGAACGCAGUAGGUUAUGGAACUCUGGAGAUGUAGUCCAAGUUUUAGAAGAAAACAUGGGAACUGGAAAAAUUCAUAUGUUAAUUCUGGAUUUUCCCAAAGAUGAAGGACACUUGAAAGGAUCCAAAGGAGAAGUAGUAAAUUGGGAUGGAGAGGCUUUAAAGGAAAUGAAAAACCUCAAAACUCUUAUUAUUAGAAAUGGUCAUUUUUCCAAAGGCCCCACGCAUCUUCCAAAUAGUUUAAGAGUUUUGAAAUGGCAUGGAUAUGCUUCAUCAUCGUUACCAUGUGAUUUUCAUCCAAGAAAACUAUGCAUACUCGAGUUACCUGAUAGCUCCUUAAAGCCUUGUGAACCAAUCCAGGCAUUUGCAUAUUUGAGAAUUUUGGAUUUUAGCUACAGUGAAUAUAUAACUGAGAUACCUGAUGUAUCUGGUCUCCCGGAUUUAGAAAAAUUGUCAUUUAAACAUUGUGAGAAUUUAACUAAAAUUCAUGACUCAGUUGGAUAUUUGGGAAGUCUUAAGAUAUUGGAUGGUUCUAGUUGCAUGAAUCUUAAUACUUUUCCACCCAUCAUAUUGACCUCUCUUGAACAACUCAAUCUUUCACAUUGCUCGAAUCUCGAGAGUUUCCCAGAAAUAUUGGGAAAAAUGGAAAAUAUAACAGAACUUCAUAUAAUGGGGAGUCCAAUAAAAGAACUGCCUUUUUCAAUUCAAAACCUCACCCAGCUUCGAAAGUUGGAACUACAAAUCUGUGGAAUGGUUCAGUUGCCUAGCUGCGUUUUCAUGUUGUCAGAACUAAGUUUGAUGCAUGUUUCAAAAUGCGAAGGGCUGUGGUUAUCGGGACAGGACAGAGGUAAUGAAAUGCCGCUCAAGUCUUCAAAUGUGGACCGUCUUAUUCUCACUGACUGCAAUAUAUCCAAUGACUUCCUUCCAAUAGGUCUUAACAUUUUUUCCAAUGUCAAAGAUUUAAACCUAUCAGGCAACAGUUUCACAACUGUUCAUGCAUGGAUCAAAGAAUGUCACUUUCUGAGGAACCUUAAGCUGGAUAAUUGCAGUAAUCUACAAGAAAUUAGUGGGAUUCCAAAGAAAUUAGAAACACUUUCUGUGAAAGGAUGCACAUCCUUGAAAUGCUUGGACCUCACAGUUCUUCCUGCAUGCACUGCAGAAUCUUGUUCUUUGAAAGAACUGAUUUUGGAUGAUUGUGUGUAUCUUCAAGAAAUUGCAUGGCUUCCACAAAACUUGGAUGUGCUCUCUGCAAAAAACUGCACAGCAUUGACUUCCCAGAGUAUAAACAUGUUAAUGAAUCAGAGAGGGGUGCAGGCUGGAAACAAGAUGUUUGUUUUCCCCGGAAAAAAAAUUCCAGAGUGGUUCCGGCAUUGUUUAAGUGUGAAAAAGGCUCAUGCCUCGAGAGUUGUUAGAAAACAAGAAAUCGCAGGGUCGUUUUCUUUCUGGUUUCGCAACAAAUUUCCUGCGAUUUCUCUCUGUCUUGUUAUUGGACUGGGGAAUGAGCAACCUAUCACGGUCAAUUUUAGCCCCCGAGUAUUCGUCAACGGCCAUAAGCAGUGCAUUGGCGGUCAGAAGGUUUACAACUUCAUCAUAGCUACUGAUCACGUACUUCUGCUGAAUUUUGAAGAUAGUGGCGACAUAGUGUUUUCAAAUAAUGAGUGGAAUCAUGUAGAGGUUUCAUAUGCUGAUCAUAUUACCAACAAUGAGGUACCAAUCAGACAGAUUGCCAGAUAUAGUGGAAUACAUGUAUUUAGACAAACAACUGAUCCAGGGGAUUUCUGUUUCAUGAAUCCUCCACAAACAGUGAUAAAUGUGAAUCCAAAUCCAAUUUCAAUUGCUGUGCUUCCACCUCCAAUUGCUGCUGCGGAAAAAAAAGAUAUGGCCUCUAAACCAUUAGUUCCGGCUAAGAGGUCUUUAGAGGAUGUAGUCGGAGAAACUUCAGAAAGGACUCAAGAGGAGGAAGUUCAUCCUACUACAAUUUCAAAUGGUCAUCCUGUCAUUCAAAGUUGUCGUGAGGGUGAUGAUAUUGAACUGGAAGGGGUAUCCUCUUCUGACUCGGAUGAUCCGUUUGAUCGCGUUGAUAGAAGACUCGGUAUUAGUUCCGAGGAAACCAUGUCUUCUGCAUCAAGUUCUGGAGUUGCUUCACUUGGAUCAAUUAGAGAGGCUAUUAACUCCUUGGAGCUUUUAAUGGUUAAGGACUUAUCUGAAUUCUCUUGUGAUCCUGAUACACAGAAUGAACUUCUUCAACUGUUGGAUCUACUGAGUACAAGUAGCCACCCCAAGGUAACUUUAGAGGUGAAGGAGGCUAUUGGAGAGUUUAAAAGAAAGUCGUUUUUAUCAUUCCAAGAAUUCCAAUCCACUGUUGAGUCUGUGAACAAACUGAAGAAUUUUGAGAAGCAUCUAGAUAGAAUUCAGCAGGAGACUAUGGAAGGAAAGGGUCAAAGGAAGCACCUCAAAAGCUCAAUAAAAAAGGUUUCUUUGGGCAUCAAGGCCGAAAAUAGUAGGAAAAAGGAGUUGGAUGAAGAAACUGCAACUUUAAGAAUACAGCUAGCCAAAAAAGAAAGGGACCUAGAACAACUUGUGCUGAAUCUCAAGAAUCAGGAGGAAUCACUCUCAACAUUUUCAACAAAUUAUGCUUCUCUCAACGAGCAAGCUCGAGCGCUACUAAAAGAAGCUGAUGAUCUACUUGCUGCGAGCAGUUGGGUAAAGCAUGAGGGUGAAGUCGCUGAAGUCGAGCAGGAUAGGCUCAAGUCCAUCUGGUCUAUUGGCCUAACCAGCCAGUUUAAUGAGAUUAAAAAGACUCUUUUUGACUAUGAUGUGUAG